CAUUAUUUGGCGGGAGUUCGGCUAUUGCACAUGGUUGAAUGUCAAACGGAGUGCGCUGAGUGAAUGAGGUUGUAAAUGAUUAUCAGCGAAGCUGUCAAGCAUAAAUACAGCCAGACGACUAAAUCCCAUUCAACAUGUUGGCUAUGAAGAAAUGUGUCUUAUACUGCAGCAGAAGCUCAGUAAGCAUGACAAGGGUCAUGUCGUCUAGCAGUCUGUCAGACUUCAAGGCCUGGAAUGAGCCCAUGUUUGAUUACGGCCCUGGCAGUGAGGAGAGGGCCAAGCUGGAGGCGGCCAUUAAACAGUAUGAUGGUCAGGUGACUGAUAUACCCAUUGUGAUUGGUGGAGAGGAGAUCAGGACUAGUGAUGUCAGAUACCAGGUGGCGCCUUUUGAUCAUCAGAAAAAAAUAGCAAAGUACCACUAUGCAUCAGCGGAUUUAGUACAGAAAGCAAUAGACUCCUCCUUAAAGGCGCGUAAGGAAUGGGAACGCAAAUCGUUUGACAAACGGGCGCAGGUUUUCCUAAAGGCUGCCGAUCUGGUAGGAGGAACGUACAGAAUGGAUCUGCUGGCAACCACCAUGCUGGGACAGGCAAAGACAAUAUUUCAAGCUGAGAUUGAUGCUGCAGCAGAGCUGGCUGAUUUUUACAGAUUUAAUGUUCAUUUUGGUUUGGAGUUACAGAAGGUCCAGCCAGUCAGCCCAUCCAGUGAGAUUACCAAUAAAUUAAACUUCAGAGGAAUGGAGGGCUUUUGGGCAGCAAUCUCACCCUUCAACUUCACAGCUAUCGGUGGUCAUUUGCCUGUUGGUCCAGCCAUAGUUGGUAAUGUCUCAGUUUGGAAACCGUCUGACACUGCCAUGUUGUCCAACUGGACUGUGUUUCGAGUACUCCGUGAGGCUGGCCUUCCACCUGGUGUGAUAAACUUUGUACCGGCUGAUGGCCCUGUGUUUGGUGAUACAGUGACAUCAUCUCCAGAUCUUUGUGGCAUCAACUUCACAGGAAGUGUCAGGACUUUCCGACAUCUCUGGAAACAAGUUGGCCAGAAUAUUGACAACUACAAAACCUACCCACGGCUGAUUGGAGAAUGUGGUGGAAAAAAUUAUCACCUGAUUCACAGUAGUGCAGAUGCUGAAACAGUUGCUGUAGCGACAUACAAAGCAGCAUUCGAGUUUGGGGGACAGAAAUGUUCAGCGUGCUCUCGUCUGUACAUUCCCCAGUCUAUGUGGCCAAAGGUCAAACAGCUGAUGCUGGACAUACACAAAGAUGUGACAUACGGGUCUCCCUUGGAUUACAAGAACUUCUUAUCUGCUGUUAUUGAUGAGAAGUCAUUUGACAGAAUCAAGGGCUGGCUGGAUCAUGCUAAAUCAUCACCAAACUUGACAGUUAUCGCUGGAGGAGAUUGUGAUAAAAAAAAAGGCUACUUUGUUCAGCCAACAAUUGUAGAAACUACAGAUCCAAAAGAUCCAAUUAUGCAAGAGGAAAUCUUUGGACCUAUCCUCACUGUGUACGUCUACCCUGAUGAUAAGAUCAUGGAUGUGGCAAGAUUGGUAGAUUCUACUACUGUCUACUCGCUCACAGGAUCCAUCUUCUCCAAAGACAGACAAGUGACGGAACAGUUACUGGAAGUUCUGCGAGAUGCUGCGGGCAAUGUCUAUCUGAAUGACAAGUGUACAGGCUCUGUGGUGGGGCAACAGCCGUUUGGGGGCACAAGAUUAUCAGGUACAAAUGACAAGGCUGGGGGCCCUCACUACCUGCUCAAGUUUGCCUCCCCUCAGGCUAUGAAAGAAAGCAAGGUGGAACAACGGGGCUGGCGAUACCCCUCCAUGGAUGUUUAAGUGGGUGGGGAAAUAUAGAGGCCACAACUCAUGAUGUGAAUGGCAUCAUCUACCGACGUUACAAAGUCAUACACCAAAUACUCAGCAGGGGGUACCUGAAUGUGAACACGGGAAAACUUUUUUAUAAGCCAGUCACUCGUCCAGAUAUGACGCAGUUUUCAAAUAUGACAAAAACACACAUGGCUAAUAAUGUUGGUCACAGAAUUGUCUUACUAACCUCACAUGUUAGAACUUCAAUACAGUAGUUACUGUACUGAAGCAUUGGCAUAUAUGCACACCCCUAAGGUGAUGAAAUGUCAGCAGGACAAAAGAAUGUUUUUAUAGUAGAUAUACAUUUGCAGAUUGCAUUUGAAUGAAAUUUUGUGUACAUAUAUACAUGAACAAACAUGUAAGCUUUAUAAUUACUGGCCUGCAUAACAGAAUGCUAUUAAGACUUUAAUAUUGCUGUUAGGCGCGAUAUUACGUUAGCCCAUAAUUAAAAUUUUGUAAGGUUAUUUUACGAUUUAGAUAUUGUAUGUCAU